AUGGACAAAAUGCCAGAUGAAAUUCUCCUGAACAUAUUCUCCAAACUUCCACUGCCAGACCUGAUAUCUGGAGCUCGCCUGACCUGCUGGCGCUGGUACCACUUGUCAAAGGAUUUAUCCUUGUGGACCUCUUUAGAUCUGUCAGCCUUCAGAUGUUCUUAUAAUGAAACAGAUGCCCGUACAAUUUGUAGUGGCGUGCGGAAUCUCUUGCACAGUAUACAAGACAGCUUGGAAAGUCUUACAUUCAGCACCAUGACAGUUGAUGGGGGCGUGUACGAACUCUUUGGCUCCUCCUGGAAGCACAAAAACAAAGCCAAGUUUUGUAAUCUGAAAUGUCUGGACUAUUCAUACAGUACAGUUUCACCUCGAAAUCUCAGAGUAGCACUCACAACACAUCCAGAUAUUGAGAGACUGUCUUUAUCAUACACCAAAAUUUCUUUCUCACAAGUCAUGGAGGAAGCUAUUCAUUUACCAAACUUGAAGAUGCUCGUCUACCAUGACUGUCAGUCCUGGGAUUCUUACAUGGUUCACCAUCCAGAUGAGGGUCGGUUUAUCAAUAAAUUGAACGCCAUGAAGGUUCCAAAACAUUGUCCACUGUUGGAAGUUGUUGAACUGCACACAAUCAGAGCAGACCUAGAUGAUGAAGUGAUCAAACAAUUUGCGUUGUUUUGUACAAACCUGAAAAAGUUAUCCUUCACAUGGUCAGCGAGCCUAACUGAAGAUGCAUUCCUUGCUUUCAAAAACCCUACUCAGCAUAUAACGGAACUUGGACUUCUUGACCGGCAGGAGACUGGGCCAUACUUACACUAUGUGCUUCCAAAUUUCCCACACUUAAGACGCCUCACAAUAAACGGGCAGAAUGUUUAUCUAGAGGACUGUGUGGCUAUCGGGGAGUACUGCCCAAAACUGCAAGAACUGAUAUUUGAAAUUAAUGGAUUGAAGCGAAGUGGCGGCAUGUUUGAAUAUUAUUUAUGCAAAGGUAAUUCAUUAUGUGGUCUGGAAUUGGAGAAAAUUGUGCAGAAAUGUAAAGAUCUGCAGAAACUUCAUGCUCCAUUCUCAAAUAUAGAUGACGACAGUGUAAUUUAUCUUUCCGAGCAGUGCCUUUAUCUGGAGGAUGUAAACUUUACUCAGUGCCAUCGCCUUACGCAUGAAUCAUUGUUUGCUUUGUCGAAAAAUGCCAUGCGCUUGUGUAAAAUAAAUUUUCAGGACACGAAUAUUGAUCAUAAGUAUAUCCUCAGUUUGGUGUCCAAAUGUCGUAGACUGGAGGAAGUGGUGUUUGAUCACAAGCCUGUGCAGGAUGUAAGUGAAGCUACCGCUUCUGUUAGUUCUUCUGUAUAUUCUGACGACUCCCAGUCACAAGUGGAGAACAUUCAUGAGAGUGAUACCAGGCUGAGUUACAAUGAAGAUAUUCCUUUUAUUGACAUGACAUCAAGUUCGGAGGAUUUUGAGCUGCAACAUGUCCUGCUGAAAAACCUGUCUAAAGCAGAUAGCGAAAACAGUAGUCAGGAGGAAAGCUUCUUGGAAAACACUUGCAUUCCAGGAUCAGCACCAGCAUAUUUAGAAGACUUUGAGCAUUUUCAAAUUCCUUGGAGUCAUUGCCAUUUAAAGAGAUUAUCAUUUAAAAACUCCAUUACCAAAGAACAGUACCUCCUUGACAUCUUCACUCGUUGCCCAGAUCUUACUUACAUUUCUUUAGAUGGCUCUGCAAGUCUCACAAACAGCCUCAUUACAACCAUUGCAAAGUCCUGCCCAAACCUGCAGACUUUGAAUAUUUCUUGCAGUGCAACUCAGGAUUCAAAGCCAGCAUUUGGUGAUGAAGGCUUACUAGCAUUAGUAAAAUACUGUCGUAACCUUGAGUUCAUAAGCUUUCUGUAUAAUCGUAACAUUACCCCUGUUGGUCUCACUGCAUUAUUCCACUCUCUUGAUGGGCCGUUACGAUCUCUGGAAACCAUCAGCUUGUGUGUCGGUCAUGGAUAUGCUUGCUCGAUUUCGGUAGUUGCUCUUCAUGGGUUGAAACACCUAACAGAGCAAUCAAAGAGGCAACUGAAAGAUGUCGCUUCUACUGCUAGAAGUAAUACUUACAUGCUGCUGCAUUUAGAUUUUAACAAGAGGAAGUCAGUGAGGUAG